AUGAAGCCUUUCAUCGUUACCAUCAUAGGACUCAUCCCUUUAAUCAACGCCCAAGCAUGCAACGCCAAUAACUGCGCUCGAGUCGUGACCGGCACCAGAGCAGGCAUCACACCCGACGUCACGUCCCGCCGCGCCGACUGUUCCUCCUAUAUGCGAACCACCGUCAUACCGGAUACAUUCACUUCGACCAUCACCACCACAGUCUACACCGACGUCAUCCCCCGGACCUCCUCCUCCUUCUCUCAGUCCACCUCCCUUCCUCCCUCCCCAACCCGCGUCCCAGAGACGAAACUCCCCACCGCCGUCCCCUCGUACGCCACCCAAUCCUGCACCAGCGCCCAAGCAUACUCCUCCGCCUGCAGCUGCUGGGGUAUAACCCCCGCCGUCACGACCCUUCCCGCGCCCACCGUCGUCGUGACAACAACAAAGUACGCCGAAGUCGGCUGCGUCGGCGCCAGGGAUUGUCCCUUUGAAGGCGUAAACCUCUUCCGAUGCGGCGACAGGACCACUAACACCUUCUGCACCUGCCUCCGCGCGGCCGACAGAAACGGCAACGGAGGAGGACGGCGGCCGCUCUGCGUGGAGAACCGGGCCUGCAACGAGGUCAGAACUUGCUCCUCGUCGUCGGACUGCGGCCUGGACGAAGGAUGUGUGAUUAAUUAUUGCUGUGGGCGUCGGGGCUCGAGGAUUUGUCUCAAGUUUGCGCCUUUGGCAUGUGUUAAUCCGACGUUGCCCAGAGCUAUCUUUGAGGAACGGCUGGAGGCGGCCAAGGGUAGAGGCGGCGAGAAGGUGUAA